UAAUGGAAGGGGGGCGCAUGGAUGGCGAUGAAUUGACACUUACUCUAAUGCAUGCAGAGAACAACAUCAGCCUCGUGGACCCGGACGACAAUGGAGCUUGAUUACAGACAAAUAAGUGGGAUAUGCAUCGCCCAGUCCCUGAAGAUCCCCCAUGACCACAAAGCGGCGGACUUUGACAAGAUCAUCCGUCUGCUCCUGGACACGCGGUACGCCCGGGCCGUCAUCCUCUUCGCCUCCGACGAGGACAUCAGGGGCAUUCUGAACGCCAGCAAGCGGGCCGACCAGGUGGGCCACUUCAUGUGGAUCGGCUCCGACAGUUGGGGGGCCAAGAACAGCCCCAUCCACCAGCUGGAGGACGCGGCCGUGGGGGCCGUCACCAUCCUGCCCAAGAGAGCCAUGAUCAGCGGGUUCGAUGCGUACUUCAUGUCCCGCACUCUGGAAAACAACCGGAGGAACGUUUGGUUCGCCGAGUACUGGGAGGAGAACUUCAACUGCAAGCUCAUGAGCUCCUCCAAGAGGGACGAGAGCAGCCGCAAGUGUACCGGCCAGGAACGUAUCGGCAUCGACUCCAAGUACGAGCAGGAGGGCAAGGUGCAGUUUGUGAUCGACGCGGUGUACGCCAUGGCCCACGCCCUCCACAACAUGCAGAGGGACCUGUGCCCGGAGCUCUCGGGCAUCUGCCCCGACAUGGACCUGGCCGGGGGCAAGAAGCUCCUCAAGUACAUCCGCAGCGUGGGCUUCAAUGGAAGUGCCGGUACGUCGGUAACGUUUAACCGUAACGGCGACGCCCCCGGGCGGUACGACCUCUUCCAGUACCAGUGGAACAACGUUACCGGACCGGGGUACCGCGUGAUCGGACAGUGGACGGAGCACCUGCACCUCAACAUCGAGGACAUGCAGUGGCCCCGAGGGGAGCUGCAGAUCCCCAGCUCGGUGUGCAGCCUGCCCUGCAAGGCGGGCGAGAGGAAGAAGGUGGUAAAGGGCAUGCCCUGCUGCUGGCACUGCGAGCCCUGCGACGGCUACCAGUACCAGCACGACGAGUUCACCUGCAAGCUGUGCUCCUACAACAUGCGGCCCAACCCCAACCUCACCGCCUGCCAGCCCAUCCCCAUCGUCAAGCUGGAGUGGAGCUCGCCCUGGGCAGUGAUCCCCGUGUUCCUCGCCGUGAUGGGCAUCAUGGCCACCAUGUUCGUCAUGGCCACCUUCGUGCGCCACAACGACACGCCCAUCGUGCGCGCGUCGGGGCGGGAGCUGAGCUACGUGCUGCUGACGGGGAUCUUCCUGUGCUACAUCAUCACCUUCCUGAUGAUCGCCAAGCCCGACGUGGGCGUGUGCUCCAUGCGCCGGAUCUUCCUGGGGCUGGGCAUGUGCAUCAGCUACGCCGCGCUGCUCACCAAGACCAACCGCAUCUACCGCAUCUUCGAGCAGGGCAAGAAGUCGGUGACGGCGCCGCGGCUGAUCAGCCCCACCUCCCAGCUGGCCAUCACCUCCAGCCUGAUCUCCGCCCAGCUGCUGGGGGUGUUCAUCUGGUUCGGCGUGGACCCGCCCAACACCAUCAUAGACUACGACGAGCAGAAGACCAUCAAUCCGAGUCUGGCGAGGGGGGUGUUGAAGUGCGACAUCACGGAUCUGCAGAUCAUCUGCUCGCUGGGGUACAGCAUCCUGCUGAUGGUGACGUGUACGAUCUACGCCAUCAAGACCCGCGGCGUGCCGGAGAACUUUAACGAGGCCAAGCCCAUCGGCUUCACCAUGUACACCACCUGCAUCGUCUGGCUGGCCUUCAUCCCCAUCUUCUUCGGCACGGCGCAGUCUGCGGAGAAGGUAAGCUAGACUCUGCAUUGUUUAACCCCCAAACCCCUCUUACGCACUUAUUGUGUGUCUGUACGUCCUGGCACUUAAUAUUCACACUUAUUUUAUGUCCUUGCACUUAAAAAUGGUACUUAGCAUUG